AUGGACGCCGCGCUCCUGCUCGCCCUCGGGCUGCUGGCCCAGGGCCUGGGCCCAUCUCUGGAGGUCCCAGGGCUGACGAGGCCCAGCAUACUGUACCCUUGGCGCCGGACGCCCACACACGGCCGCAUGCGGAGAGCCUGGGUCAUACCCCCAAUCAGCGUGUCGGAGAACCACAAGCACCUCCCCUACCCCCUGGUGCAGAUCAAGUCCGAUAAGCAGGCCUUGGGCAGCGUCCUCUACAGCAUCCAGGGACCCGGCGUGGAUGAGGAGCCGCGUGGCAUCUUCUCCAUUGACAAAGUCACGGGAAAAGUGUUCCUCAAUGCCACGCUGGACCGGGAGCAGACGGACCGCUUCCGGCUCAGAGCCUUUGCCCUGGACCUGGGAGGGUCCGCCCUGGAGGACCCCACGGACCUGGAGAUCGUGGUCGUAGACCAGAAUGACAACCGACCGGCCUUCCUGCAGGAGGAGUUCGAGGGCCACGUGCUGGAAGGCGCAGCCCCAGGCACUUACGUGACCAGGGCUGAGGCCACGGACGCCGAUGACCCCGAGACGGACAACGCGGCACUGCGCUUCUCCAUCCUGCGGCAGGGCAGCCCCCAGCUGUUCAGCAUCGAUGAGCUCACGGGCGAGAUCCGCACGGUGCACGUGGGUCUGGACCGCGAGGCGGUCGCCGUGUACAACCUGACCCUGCAGGUGGCAGACAUGUCUGGAGACGGCCUCACGGCCACUGCCUCGGCCAUCAUCUCCGUCGAUGACAUCAAUGACAAUGCCCCCGAGUUCUCCAGGGAUGAGUUCUUCAUGGAGGCGGCAGAGGCCGCUAGUGGAGUGGAUGUGGGGCGGCUGGAGGUAGAGGACAGGGACCUGCCAGGCUCCCCCAACUGGCUGGCCAGGUUCACCAUCCUGGAAGGAGACCCCGAUGGGCAGUUCGAGGUUCGCACGGACCCCAAGACCAACGAGGGCGUGCUGUCCGUGGCGAAGCCCCUGGACUACGAGAGCCGCGAGCACUAUGUGCUCAGAGUGUCAGUGCAGAACGAGGCCCCGCUGCAGGCAGCCGCCCCCAGGGCCCAGCGGGGCCAGGCCAGGGUCAGCGUGCGUGUGCUGGAUGCCAACGAGGCCCCCGUGUUCCAGGAGAACCCCCUGCGGACUAGCAUGGCUGAGGGGGCACCUCCAGGAACCCUGGUGGCCAUCUUCUCUGCCCAGGACCCUGACACAGAGCAGCUGCAGAGGCUCAGCUACUCCAAGGACUAUGACCCCGAGGACUGGCUGCAGGUGGACGGGGCCACUGGGCGCAUCCAGACCCAGCGGGUGCUCAGUCCCACUUCUCCCUUCCUCAAGGAUGGCUGGUACCGGGCCAUCAUCCUGGCCCAGGAUGACGCCUCCUCACCUCGCACUGCCACCGGCACGCUGUCCGUGGAGAUCCUGGAGGUCAACGACCACGCCCCCACGCUGGUCGCCCCGCUGCCCCCCAGCCUGUGCGGCGACCCGCACCAGGGCCCUGGCCUCCUGCUGGGCGCCGCCGAUGAGGACCUGCCGCCCCACGGCGCCCCUUUCCACUUCCAGCUGAGCCCCGCGCUCCCCGAGCUGGGCCGGAACUGGAGCCUCAACCCGGUCAACGUGCUGGUCCUGCUCGUGGCGCUCCGCGCGCGGUGCCGGCCGCCGUCGGGGGACAAGGGGCUGCUGCACGGGCUUCAGAACGACCUUCGAGACAACAUCCUCAACUACGACGAGCAGGGAGGCGGGGAAGAGGACCAGGACGCCUACGAUAUCAGCCAGCUGCGCCGCCCCGCGGAGCUCACGGCUCUGAGCGCGCCCCCGGGACGGGCCCCUCUCCGCCGCGACGCCCCUUACGGCCGCGCGCCCCCCCAUGCAGCCCGUGCGCUGCCCGCCAGUCCCACGGACAUCGCUGAUUUCAUCAAUGAGGGUCUGGAGGCUGCGGACGGUGACCCUAGCGUGCCGCCUUAUGACACAGCCCUCAUCUACGACUAUGAGGGGGAUGGCUCAGUGGCAGGGACACUCAGCUCCAUCCUGUCCAGCCUGGGCGACGAGGACCAGGACUACAACUACCUCCGGGACUGGGGCCCCCGCUUCGCUCGGCUGGCGGACAUGUACGGGCCCCCAUAA